AUGGGGUGGAAAGGAGUGAAGAAUGCCUUGCCUACCAAAGGCUUGAGUUUGUGGUCUUCGAGACGCAAGGCAUCAAGAAAUAACCUCGUUGCUGAGGAGAAGAAUCAGUCUGGGUAUUCCGCCCAUUCCGUGUGCCAUGUCCUGCGCAAAGUUGCCAGCCGACUUGCAUACUUCUCUGGCGCCAGCGGAACUUCCACCCCCACGACUUCGGCGCUUGAUACUUCGUUGAAUCAAAUGUUUGACAAGCUACGAGAUGACUCAAAAGACGAGAAGAACACACUGGGUCUUGACACUACCAUGGCGUACCUCGGCGACUUGGGCGUCAACAUCGAGAACGCUGAGCUGCUAGUCGUGAUGGAACUCCUUCAGGCACCGUCUGUUGGAGAAAUCACCAGAAAAGGCUUCGUCGAUGGCUGGAAGGUGUCUGGUGCUGCGACGCGUCAAGCGCACGUCUCUCACAUCAAGUCACUGGUCAGCAGUCUUUCAACCGACCCUGCCUACUUCAGAAAGGUGUAUCGGCACACCUUCGUUGCCAGCAAGGAGCCGACCCAAAAGGCACUCAACCUUGAGAUUGCUACAGUCUACUGGAACGUCCUCUUUUCGCCACCAGGUUGGGAGUGGAAGACGAAGAACCAGGACUGGCUGCAGCUGUGGUUGAAGUUUCUCGAAGAGAAGUGGACCAGAUCUGUUAACCGCGACACGUGGAACCAGAUCCUCGAAUUCGCGACCAAGUCCAUGGCAGAUGAGUCAUUGUCUUUCUGGAACGAGGAUGGGGCAUGGCCUAGUGUAAUUGAUGACUUCGUGGCUUGGUGCAAAGAGAGAGGGAUUGGCAAGUCCGAGACAAUGGACUUGGACGCCUAA